CCGAACAGAGCACCCACUAGUACUACUAGUCCAGCGAGAACACAAGUAAUAAUACAGACUGAUGCUCCUCUGCUCCUUGCCCAGAUCGGCGCCGCCACCAGCGACGGGAAAGAUGCCGCUGCUAGAUCCUCCACACUCUCUCUCCCCUGACAUGAAUCCCCAUAUUAUCCCCAUGAAUUUCAGCCUCAACUCUCUAAUCCCCCUCUGUGUGUGUGUUCUUUUGGCUUGCAGGUCAAACCCUAUUGGGGAUGUGAUUUCCCUGCUCCAGAUUGAAGUGGUUGGCGUUGGGCGCCGCCUUGAUGCUGGAUGGUGCAGGUCAGAGCUCCAGUGCGUGUCCGUGGAGCAGAUCCACCAUGGGUGCAGGGGAAUGGAAAUGCUACUGAGAAGAAGAAGAGAGCUUGGUCUGGCUAUUUGGAAGCAGAGUGAAGAGUGUGCUAUGGUGAAACCUUCGCCAGGUUACUCCUCCUCUCUUUCUAGUACCUAGCUAGUUAUGGCUGCCCAUCCCUGCUGUACAGUGUAGUCAUUUGUGGAGUCUCUCUAUUGGCUAGGAGUUGCAGCCCAUGCCUAGACCAACUAUUGGUCAAUUGACUACUGAUAUCUAUAAUGCACGUGAUGGUGGUGGUCAAUGUGUAUCCCAAAUAUGUCUCACUGUUUACUGCUUUGACCACGAGAUAUUUUUGGGUUGGUCUAAGUUUGGU